AUGGAUAUUUUAACCAUUUUCAAUAGUCUUGGAGAAGAAAGUUUUAAAUAUGAUGAAGAGAGUUUUUUAACUUUGGCAACACCCUCCAAUGUUACCGCAGCACCUACACGAAAAAUAUGUUAUUGUGAUCCAAGUGUCAAAAGAGGCUUUGAUUGCAAUGAAAGCGCAUGUGCAGGCAUAUCGGCACUAUUUUUAAUAUUAUUCUUUGUGGCCAUGGUCGAGGGUUGGAGGAGAGUCUAUGUCCAGAGAAAGUAUUGGAUGCGGUUCUCUUUUCUGGCAACACUUCAAUUGACUAUAGCCUCUACCCUCUCGGUGUUUAGAAUGAUUCUCUUGUUGGCCAAAGUCAACGAACUCUACUCGCUUGGUACUCUCUAUCUAUUUGGAUUUGGGUUCCUCGUCACCUCUUAUCUUACCAUUCUACUGGCUUGGUGUGACCUCAUGAUUUCAGUCAAUUUCUCGACCGUCAUUCAAAAAAUCUUUCCAGUUGUCCGUGCCGUCCUAAUUAUCCUUAUUAUCAUUCAUUAUAUUGGUUGGACAAUUGCAAUGGCAAUUUAUUGGCCUGGUAAAGUUACAAAUAUUUUCAUGGGAAUAUAUUGUUUUGGAGUUGGAAUAGCAUAUAUUUCAAUUGGAUGGGUGGUUUAUAAAGAAUUUAAAAAGGUAACCACCUUUGAACCAAAUUGCAAUAGUGUAAAUAUUAUGAUUAUCAAGAGUCGUAUGAUGGCCGUCGGUCGUCUUUCCAUUGGAGUGGUGUUUUCAGCAUUCCUAUUUGCCAUUGUUCUCAUUUGUGUGGUACCCUAUUGGAAGAUCAAGAGUAACGAACAAAUGGUCGGUCUCUUGUUUGUCAUUCGUUUGUCAAUGAUCAUUUUCAACUAUUCCAUGCUUGUCACAACCAAACCAAUCUCUGACCAGCAAAUGAGAAAGAAUGCAACAUCGAAAUCACCAAAAGGUAGUAACAAUAACCAAGCAAUGACUAUUGAUGGUUUAUCCACCGAUGUUGAAAUGACAGUAUCCCCUUGUAGUAUAGAUCCAGAGUUGAUUGGUAAUAGCCAAGUUGAAAGUAAUUUACAAACAAAUAUAAAGAUGGAUAAUAUACAAACAACAAUUAAUAAUAAUAAAAGGUGUCCAUUAUGUGAUAGUCAACUAUCUGACAGAACAACACUCAAUCAUCACAUUGCAUUGUGUUCAGUCUAUUUCAUGAAACAUAAUCAAAUAGAUGUCGAUCAAAUCGUGAAUCAUGUAAACGAUGAUGAUGAACAAAGAAGGGAGAACAAGAGAUUAGAUCAAACACCAACAAUGGAUAUUCGACUAUUUCGGUCAGUGUUGAUUGUCAAUGCAUACACUCGUAGUGUCAUCAUCAAACAUCAAAGACAUAUCAAUCAAUUACUAUCAUCGUAUGCAAAGCUGACAAAAACACAACUAGAACUAAUAUCAUUAGGUAUACUUGACUAUAACCAAGCUAGUCGAGAAGGUAGAGAAGCACGACCAUAUGUCAACUUAAUCUAUCAAGAUCUCAAAGAGAAUACAACCAUCACAGAGUAUUCCAUCGAUCCACCACUAUUUGGAAGAAUGAUCUAUGCAGAGAGACCAAGUACAAGAUUCUGCGUCUUUGAAGUCAAUCAUCACUUUGAUGAUUGUUAUCUUCACCUGCCCGUCUGUUUGCCACCAAUGAUUCAACACAUUGUUAAAUAUUGUGUUAGAGAUUCAGAUUAUAUUGAACAAUCAAUUCAGGUAUUGAGAGGAUCACCAUAUAUUAAAACUGUUAAAUGGAUUCCUACUAGAGGAUUUUAUAAUUUUGAAUUAUUCAAACGAUUCACACUCGGUCUACCAAAUCUUGAAUAUCUUCGACUACAGUGGGACACUUUAAUGGAAGAGCAUUUAUCAAUGGUCAUUGAACUAUUAAAUAGAAACCAAAUCAAACACUUGGUCAUUGAUGAACCUCUCAAACUAUUACAAUGUCAACAACUAUUCAAUGCCAUCGAGACCAACAAAUCACUGAUCUCUUUGAGAAUCAAUAAUAGUAGUAGUAGUAGUAGUAGUAGUAGUAGUAGUAGUAGUAGUAGUACAUCUUCUCUUAGUAGUAAUACCUAUAUUUAUAAUAUUACAACAAAUUGUUCAACAAUAGGACAAUGUUAUUUCCCAAGUAAUGCAACAUUUAUAAACAGUACAACCGAAUUGGAUUGCAGUGCAACCAAUAAUAUUGUCAUUAUUGAUACUCUCUACAUUUAUAAUACAACUAUUGUUCCAUCAAAUAAUAACAAUACAAAUACUACAAACUCCACUACAACAACGACAUCCUAUUCUUCAUCUUCUUCAUCCUCUUUAUCAUCUCAACCAAUCACAUACUAUAUAACAUUUAAUAGUAAUUGUAAUAUUAAUUAUUUAAUACUAAAUGGAUCAAAUUUGAAUGUAAACAUUGAUCUUGAUAGUAGUUAUGGAUCUAAUGGUUUUCAAGUUGGUAGUAUCAGUUUAAAUAAUGGAUCAUCUCUCAAUAGUACCAAUUCAAUGACGAUUGAUGGUAAUCUUUUGAUACAAGAAAACUCUUCCUUUUCGAUUGUUGGUAACAAUAGUAGUAGUAGCUCUACCUCGAGUAUCACAGUCAAUGGUAACAUUACUAUCAAUAGUGAUGCAAUGUUUUGGUUGGAAAAUACAAUUCUAGAGACUACUGCCGAUCAAACUAGUAUUGAUGGAGUGAUUAUGGGAGAGUCUGUAGAAUACAAUUUGGCUGGUGCCAUUGUUUUGGGUGCUGAUAGUGUGAUUGAAAGUAAUGAGCCCGAGACUGCUACGAUACAAGGUAACCUCACUGUUGGUCCAUCAAAAGCAAACUCGUUUCUACUUGGCAAUGGAUCAGAGAUUGCAGUUGCUCAAAUAUCCUAUAUGAACCUGAUCAGUCUUGUUGACGGUCAGGCAUCAAUCACUACCAACAAACUCGAAAACCCAACCAUCCAUCUCAACGGUACUGCAACCCUCUCGAUUUCACCUCUCCAGGCAGACUCUUCGGCUUUUAUUAAAUUGCGUUCACUCAAGCAAGAGGUCAAUACCACGUCGAUAUUUACCAACAUCACGAUGCUGUUGGUCAAUGACACUUUGGUACUUGGAAACUUGGAGCUCUAUAGUGUAGACAGAGUACAGAUUAACGAUCCUACCAAUAAUCAAACUGCCAUGUUUAUCAAUAGUUUGCAAGUUGGCGGACCCACCUACAUCCAACUCUGUAACACUACCAUCAUGUCACUUGGACAAUUCCAAGAGAAUGAUCCAACCACGUUGACACUGACCAUUGUCCAACACGUUAUUAUUGUCGACUCUACUGCCAUUCUCAACGGAACCAUUAUCUUGGAUGACGACUCUUCAUUGACUGUCAAAAACACGAUCGACAUUAUCACUGGAAAUGUUUUGGUCAACGGUUCAAGUAGUCACUUGAUUAUUGAACAAGGUGCCUAUGCUUCAUUGGACAUGAUCUAUCUUGGAGACGAGGAUUCUACAUUGUUGGUCAAAUACGACUCUACUCUAUUUGCCACUCAAAUCAUUGUAUCCAACUAUAGUACUCUACAUCUUCAAGAAAACUCUUCCACUACUGUAGACGGAUCGAUUGACAUUUGUCAAGCAACACUCAUCUUUAGUUCAAAGAAUGAUACCAAGGGAGAUGAUGUCUCUAUUCAAGGUGAUCUAUUGAUUGACGGUAGUUAUGUCUUGAUGGACAAUAACGUUGCCAUCAAUGGAAACAUUAAUUUUACCAGUGGUCUAUUGUUCCUCCCAUCCGGCAAGCAUCUCUCGGCCAAUGGCUUUUCUAUGGGACCAAAGUCAGUCAUUGCCGUUAUGGAUCCCAUCUCGGGCCGUACAGACCAAGAACUUGCACCCAUCAAUCUGCGUGACUCGCUCUCAAUCAAUGCAUCCCUCAUUAAUGUCCACUUUAGUGGUUUGGCCAUUGUACCAUCGGUGCCCUACAUUAUGGUUCGUUCGAAAAACAAUAUUACCGUUGUUUAUGACCAACUGGGUAUCACUGGCCAAUACAACCCAGCUCAGCUCAGCUACCGUCUCGUGGUUCAAGACGACAAUGAUGGCUACCAAAUUCUCUACAUCGAAUUUGACUAUAUCACCAAUAGCAAUGUUGGACUGGUCAACUGGAAAAUUGGUCUCAUCAUCUUUGCCUCUUUUGUUUUCCUUUGCAUGUUGUUUGGUAUCUAUAAAUUUAAAAAUAGAUCAAGAGAUCAAAAAUAUACACCAAUCAUUACCGAUGAGGAAUCCUCAUCAAUUCUCCCCCCAACAAUUAAAACUAUAAACUCUGAUGAAGAUGAUGAUUAA